CACUUUUCAAUGAAGAAACACCUUUUUAUAUAAUAGAUACCAUAAAUGUACAUUGACCAUAAACACUGAGAUAUGGUCUACUCCUCCAUGCAUUAUUAGAGAGGGAGUAAAGUUGUAUUUAGGUGGUGAGUAGGGAAAGCAGGACUUUUGCACAAACAAAAUACAAAUUACACUGAAAGGUUUAAUGUAGUUUAAAUUUUUUAUAUAUCACUAGAAAAAUAAAUACAAAAUAAUAUUACAUGAAUGCCAGUUCGCAUUUGGUGAUUUGAAGGUCCAAACCAGGAUAACUGGUUAUAACAUUCAACAAAAAGUGAGUUUAUAAGGUAGGAAGUGAUGUAUUGUAGUGAAGCCAGCUUGGUAGGUCCUCUUGUCCACUAACGUCCUCUAGGAGUGGAGGAGAGCUCGCGCGCUCAAUUUCCGCUUGAAGUCGGCAGUGCUGCCUUCAGGGUCUUUUCUUUGCUCGUACAUCUAAGACAAAAAACAAUCCAACUUGUCGUAAAUACAAGGAGGAUAUUAGAUCAAAUGGUGGCUGUCGUUUCAUGUCAGACUUUAAACUAACAUGGAAACAAGUGUAUCUGACAUUUUACUGGCUGUUUUAAUUGCUCAAACACAACGUUAAGCUAACACAUAGCGAUAGUUGUAAAUAAUGCUAAAGAAUAUCCUUUGUUCUCUUCGAAAGCAUGUGUUUUCUUAACAGUCUCGUCUGAGCGAGUCACAUAGCUGGCAUAAAGUGAAUAAACACGACCGUCAUAACGUUAUACAUGAAUAUAUGUAUUAAGUAGAUAUUUUAAGUACUGCUAUAUGUUGAACGGAACACUUUCACAUUUCCCGACAACCCGUGAAGGCAACACACUAUGAUUUGGUGGUAGCAGCAUCACAGCAGCGUAUGAAUGGGUUCGUGUUAGGCCUCCUGCAAGCGCUGCUCCACGGGAAGCGAAUUCAUAGUGUUUCGAUAACUUAUUAUUUGACUGCUAUCGGCCUCAAACACCCCACUGUGUCCCCAGGCGGCCUCGAGCUUCAAAGAUACACAAACAAUAGCUGCGCUUCAUCUCCUCGACCAUGGCGGUAUGCUAACCAGCGGCAGAGAUUAGCUAGCAAGACGCUAGCAACUUUAGUCAAUGUUGAGAGAGUUGAGCUAACUGUAAAUGGGCAGGACGCGGAGGAAUCGACCCUUUAGACUAAGUGUAACACGCGUGUGUUUGGAGUAAAACAUCUCAAAAAUGGACCUCAAUUUCUACUCUGACUUGUCGGAUGGCUGUGCUCAAAAUGUGGACUCGGAGUUUCUGGACACCCAAGCCUACGGCAGCUACUCCGAGGACAACAAGUUCUCAGAAGGCGGCGACAGUUAUCUCACCAUCAGCGGAGGGGGCCACCCGUUCCUGUCGGCGGAGCAGACUUUUCAUACGCCGAGUCUCGGGGACGAGGUGUUCGAGAUCCCCCCCAUCUCUCUGGAUCCGGACCCGACGCUGAGCAUCAGCGAUGGCGUGUCCCACUUCGAGGGUCCUUCGGGCUCCCGGAGCCUCGUCAGCAACCUGGUGGUGGAGGCCAACGACCCGUCCUUCGCGUCCACCUUCGUGAACUCUGGCUCUCAGGGCCUGGAGCAGCUGACCCUCGGGGCGAUGGGCCAGGCCGGAGCGGGAGCCCUGCUGAGCUCCUCGGCUCUGGAACUGGGGAACAGCGGUUCACAUUUCAGCAGCUCGUCCCCCAUGACCAUCGAUGUCCAGCUCGGCGACAUCGGUCACAGUCUUCUGGGCAGCAGCCAGUUGAACACCAUCAACCCGUCUGAGCUGGCUCUCGGCCUCGGGGCCGAUGCCAUCGGGCGUCCUUCAGAGACGCUCGAGCAGCCGCUCUCGGCAACGCCGUCGCCGGUCGGCUCCCUGCAGGACGAGGACAUGGAUGACUUCAAGAGGAGCGUGCUGGUGGACGCCCCCAUGUACCUCUCCUCGUCCCUCGCCCACAUGUCCUCCCACCCGGCUCCGACGUCCUCCGUGUCCCCGUCUAUCGUCCGGAGGAGCGGCGGCAAGCCGGCCUCGCUGGCCUCGGUGACCGCGGCGCUGGGCGCGAAGAAAGGGAGGAAGAAGAAGGACCCAAACGAACCGCAGAAGCCCGUCUCGGCGUACGCGUUGUUCUUCCGAGACACCCAGGCGGCCAUUAAGGGCCAGAACCCCAACGCCUCUUUUGGGGAAGUGUCAAAGAUCGUGGCCUCCAUGUGGGACAGUCUGGCCGAGGAGCAGAAGCAGGUGUAUAAAAGAAAGACGGACGCAGCCAAGAGGGAGUACAUGAAGGCCCUGGCGGCUUAUCGAGAGAACCAGCUGACACAGCCUGCCACUGAGGAGAUGGAGAUCGCCCCUUCACCACCACCACCACCACCACCACCACGACCUCCGCCCCCCGUGGUCAGUCUGGCGCCCGCGGCCUUUUCCUUAGCCGGUCACCAGGCCAUCCGUCUGCCGGCCAGCAGCCUGGAGGAGAACACCAUCACCAACAUCUGCGCCUCCAACAUCAUCCUGGAUGUCCCGGAGAUGACCACGCGUUCCCGCACGGGGGCCAACAAAGUCCCCUUCGCCCCCGCUGCGGUGCCCCCGACCAUCACCAAGAUCAUCAUCCCCAAGCACAUGCUGCAGCUGGGGGGCCAGGUGGUGACCGUGCUGCACGGGGGCGUCCGCGCCCUGCAGCCCACGCUGGUGGUGUCGGGCGCCUCUCGCCAACCGCCCCCGCUGCAGCAGAUGCAGAACGCGCCGCCUCCGCCGCGGCUCCAGCAAAUGGCGCCGGCGCCGCCGCCCUUGCAGGCCAAACCCCGCGAGGGCGGCUCGGCGCUCGGGCUCCCCGCGUCCGUCGCGGCCACGCCGCCGCCUCCGCUCCAGAUCAAGAUAGUCCCCGCGUCCCUGCAGGGCAAAGAGGGCCCGCCGAUCAUCGUCCCCAACACGAUGGCCGCGGCGGCCGCCAUGUGUGCGCCGGUCGUGUCGCUCCAGGUGAUGCAUUCCGCAGACGCGUCGGGCAACGCGGACGACGACGUCGUGACGGAAGUGCUGCAUUCAGAAGAGGAGGAGAUGGACUUGGGUGGGGCUGGCGACGCCCGGGCCAUGAGCGUGUGCAUGAGGACGGGCUGCACCAACACCGCCGUGGACAGCGACGACUGGGAUCGCGAAUACUGCAGCAACGAAUGCGUGGCCACUCACUGCAGCACUAUAUUCAAGGCGUGGUGCUCGAUCAGGAGCCAGGCCAUGGGCGUGGUGAAAUAAGGAGCCGCUGCCAAUCAUGUCCACAGAAUACUCGUUUGUCCACUCGGAGCCCAAUCACGCCGGCAAUUCCACCGUUAGUAUUUUUGGCACGCUUGACUAUUAUGAUGAGACGGUAAGGAUAAUAAUUUAGUGUUAAGUAUACCGUUUUUAGUCAGGUCAAGGGACUUCAAGGCAGCUACGGGGGAAAUGCAUCAGCACAAUUAAGUGUGACGGCUGAUCAGAAAAGAAGGGUUCGCUGUCCGUGAGCUCACAGGUCAGUCUGUAUGCGUUCACUGUAAUUUGGGAGUUUGUUUCUCAAAAAAACGCGGACAAAGAACAUUUCUACAUCAGUUUGUGGCUGUUACAGGACCCAAUGAUUGGAAAGUCAUGCUCUGUCAUGUUUUUGGUGUUUCGCGUGUCUCAGCAAGCAACACAACAUUUCUUGACUACUAAGGCUGAAUCCUGGUUUGAGUGUGGAAACCAUUAGUUCCACUGUGUACCUUGUUUUUGUACCGAGAAUAGUGGCCUUUAUGUUUAUUAUGUUUUUUUUGUAAAACAUUCUGCUCAGAUCGCUGUUUAAAAAGAAGCUUGACGUUCAUGUUUUUUUAAUAAAUGAUUUGCUCAUCCAG